AGCUAAGGGUCCUUCCUCGCUGUGUGUGCAUGCCGAAGACCCAUGUGAGUUUCUCGGGCUGGUUUGUCGGGCAGAGUAAGGAGUACGGGAGUUGUGUACGAAAACGGCGUCAUAAUGCAGAGGAAGAAGAUCGAUAACCGUAUCCGGGUGCAGAUCGAGAAUGGAGUGGCCGAGAAACACAGGACUAUGUUUGUGAUUGUUGGGGAUCACGGCAGAGAUCAGGUGGUCAUUCUCCAUCAUAUGCUGUCUAAAGCCACCGUCAGAGCUCGGCCUUCGGUUCUCUGGUGUUACAAGAAGGAACUAGGCUUCAGCAGUCACCGGAAGAAACAAAUGCGAAAGCUACAGAAAAGGAUAAAAAGCGGCAUGCUGAACGUCAAAGAGGAUGACCCGUUUGAGCUUUUCAUCGCGUCUACGAAUAUUCGAUAUUGUUAUUACAACGAGACCCAUAAGAUUCUUGGGAACACGUAUGGCAUGUGUGUUUUACAGGAUUUUGAGGCUUUGACCCCCAAUCUGCUGGCUCGUACGGUGGAGACUGUGGAAGGUGGAGGGAUUGUGGUGAUUCUUCUACGCACCGUGAGGUCUUUGAAGCAGCUCUACACCAUGACCAUGGACGUCCAUUCACGUUACAGGACAGAGGCGCAUCAGGAUGUGGUGGGGAGAUUCAAUGAAAGGUUCAUUCUCUCUCUGGUCUCCUGUAAGAACUGCGUGGUCAUUGAUGAUCAACUGAACAUCCUCCCCAUCUCCAGUCAUGUUACCAACAUAAAACCAGUCCCACCAAAGUCGCAGGAUCAGGCCUUGCCUCCAGAAGAGCAGGAGUUACAAGAUGUGAAGCUUAGUCUUCAGGACACGCAGCCGGUCGGGGUCCUGGUCGAGAAUUGUAAAACCUUGGAUCAGGCCAAAGCAGUGCUGAAGUUUGUGGAAGCCAUAUCCGAGAAGACCCUUCGGAGCACAGUGGCUCUGACGGCUGCCCGAGGUCGAGGCAAAUCCGCUGCUCUGGGCUUGGCGAUAGCAGGGGCAGUGGCUUUUGGGUACUCCAACAUCUUUGUAACCUCACCGAGUCCUGAUAAUCUUCACACGCUCUUUGAGUUCAUCUUUAAAGGUUUCGAUUCCCUCCAGUACCAGGAACAUUUGGAUUACGAGAUCAUACAAUCGGUGAACCCAGAAUUUGAGAAAGCAGUGGUUCGGGUCAAUGUGUUCAAAGAACACAGGCAGACUAUUCAGUACAUUCACCCAGCUGAUGCUGUCAAGUUAGGGCAGGCUGAGCUGGUUGUAAUCGAUGAAGCCGCAGCAAUACCUUUACCCCUUGUGAAGAGUCUGAUGGGGCCCUACCUUGUCUUCAUGGCUUCAACCAUCAAUGGGUACGAGGGCACGGGCCGUUCGCUGUCAUUAAAGUUGAUUCAGCAGCUGAGACAGGAAAGUGCAGACAGCCAGGUCUCAAUAACCGCAGAGAACAAAAGCUCCACCACCCAGCGGCUGGCCUCAGCCCGGACGCUUCACGAGGUCUCUCUGCAGGAGUCCAUCCGUUACGCACCCGGAGACCCUGUCGAGAAAUGGCUCAACGACUUGCUGUGUUUGGACUGUCUGAACAUCAGCAGGAUAAUCUCUGGUUGUCCUCUCCCCGAAACCUGUGACCUCUAUUAUGUGAACAGGGACACGCUCUUCUGCUAUCACAAGGCAUCGGAAUCCUUCCUGCAGAGGCUCAUGGCUCUAUAUGUUGCAUCUCAUUACAAGAAUUCACCUAACGACCUGCAGAUGCUCUCCGAUGCCCCGGCUCAUCAUGUUUUCUGCCUCCUUCCUCCGGUUCCUCCGACUCAAAAUUCCCUGCCAGAGGUUUUGGCUGUUGUUCAGGUCUGUCUGGAAGGUGAAAUUUCCCGUCAGUCUAUCAUGAACAGUCUGUCACGUGGGAAGAAGGCAUCUGGGGAUCUGAUUCCGUGGACCGUAUCAGAACAGUUCCAAGAUCCAGACUUUGGAAGUUUAUCCGGGGGAAGGAUUGUGAGAAUCGCAGUUCAUCCAGAUUACCAAGGGAUGGGUUACGGAAGCCGUGCCCUGCAGCUGCUACAGAUGUACUACGAGGGGCGGUUUCCAUGUCUGGAAGAGAACGUGGCCCUCAAGCCUCAGGAGAUCACCCCAAUAAGCAGCGAGGCCGUCAGCCUCCUAGAAGAGUCCUUGACUCCUCGGAAGAACCUUCCUCCCCUCCUGCUCCGGCUCAGCGAGCGGCCGGCUGAGAAAUUGGACUAUCUCGGGGUGUCCUACGGAUUAACCCCGAAGCUGCUGAAGUUUUGGAAAAGAGCUGGGUUUGUUCCGGUGUACUUACGCCAAACUCCGAACGAUCUCACGGGCGAGCAUUCCUGCAUCAUGCUGAAGUCUCUCCAAGACGAGGAGGAAUCCGAGAAGGAACCUUGGCUGACUGCAUUUUGGAAAGAUUUUAGGAGACGUUUUGUGGCUCUUCUCUCCUACCAGUUCAGAAACUUCCAGCCGUCUUUAGCACUCAACAUUCUGCAGAACAAAAACGUCAAGAAGGAAUCCCAGAACCUGAUUCAACGCCCGGAGCUGGGUAUGGCCUUUACACCGUAUGACCUGAAGAGACUUGAAAUGUACUCACAAAACAUGGUGGAUUAUCACCUCAUCAUGGACCUGAUCCCUACUGUCAGUCGGAUGUUCUUCUUGCAACGGUUUGGAAGCCUCAACCUGUCUGCUGCUCAGUCUGCGCUGCUUCUCGGUAUAGGUAUGCAGCAUAAAACCGUGGACCAGCUGGAGAAGGAGAUUGAGCUGCCCAGCAGUCAGCUGAUGGGACUCUUUAACCGCCUCAUCCGUAAAGUUGUCCAGUUGUUGAAUAGGAUCCAGGAGAGGGCUGUAGAAGACGAAAUGGUGGCCAUGAAAGAGGUUGUGAUGGAGCCCACCUUGAAGUCACUCAAUGAGGAUUUGGAAGAGGCAGCAAGAGAAUUCCAGGAGAAACACAAUAAGGAGGUUGAGAAGCUGAAGGGGGUUGAUUUGUCUCAGUACAUGAUCAGGGGGGAGGACGAAGAGUGGAACGAAGUGUUGAAGAAGACCGGAGUGAAUGCGUCUGUUGUUAGCGUGAAGAGUGACAAGAAGAGGAAGCUGGACGCGCCAGAGAAGAAUGGAGCCAAAAUCCAGAAAAAGUUCAAGAAGAAUAAAGAUGGAAAGAUGAAGCAGCGGAAGUGAGCAGCGCGAGGUAGUUCCGGCGUGGAUCUGGGGUAUACUAUGCUGCGUCCCGACAGAAGCUGAAACCACAAUGGGCUCUGCGGACAGUUAACCAGAUGUCACGGGACUUUUUUUUCCUAUUUUAAGAAAGCUGACGGUAAUGAGAUACUCGCGCAGUGGCCUGCAGGUCUAUGGGGCCAACCGAUCCUCUUUGAUGUCAUGCUGUGUGUGCGCCCGCGCAGUGGCACGGUGCAUUACUAUUUGGAGGGUAACAAAGCAUUUCUGUUUUAUGCAAAGUUCUUGUGCUGCUAUAUAUAUAUUUGCAGAAAAAAAAAAAAAU